CGCCCUGCCCGGCCGGCGACAAAAGCACCGAGCUGCCGCCGGCCCCAGCGCGGCUCCCGACAGCGGCACCGAGCCCCACAGCGAGCCCAGCGCCGGUACCGACCCCGGAUUUGACACCGACACCGUCCCCGGCCCGGCCGCAGGAUGCCAAACUGGGGAGGAGGAAAGAAGUGUGGGGUGUGCCAGAAGGCCGUGUACUUCGCUGAGGAGGUGCAGUGUGAAGGCAACAGCUUCCACAAGUCCUGCUUCUUGUGCAUGGUCUGUAAGAAGAAUUUGGACAGCACCACUGUGGCCGUGCAUGGUGAGGAGAUCUACUGCAAGUCCUGCUAUGGGAAGAAGUACGGCCCCAAGGGCUACGGCUAUGGGCAAGGAGCAGGGACCCUGAGCACUGACAAGGGCGAGUCCCUGGGAAUCAAAUAUGAAGAGAGCCAUCCCCACCGACCCCCCAACCCCAAUGCAGCCAGGAUGGCCCAGAUGGUGGGAGGAGCUGACGGGUGUCCCCGCUGUGGCCAGGCCGUGUACGCGGCCGAGAAGGUCAUUGGAGCUGGCAAGUCCUGGCACAAGUCCUGCUUCCGCUGUGCCAAGUGUGGCAAAAGCCUGGAGUCCACCACGCUGGCAGACAAAGAUGGGGAGAUCUACUGCAAAGGUUGUUACGCCAAGAACUUCGGUCCCAAGGGCUUUGGCUUUGGGCAGGGCGCCGGGGCACUGAUCCACUCCCAGUGAGCUCCAGGGCUGGGCCCUGCGCUCGCCCGGGGCUCGUCCCACGCUGCCCGCCCGCCCCACGCCGCAGUGAGUGCCCCAGUGUCACCCCCAGCCACCGCUGCUUCACAGCACCAGCCCCUCCUGCCCUGCCCCGGCGCUCCCCGGAGCCAGGGGGGUCCCAGCAUCGUCCCUGUGGGGUUCUGCUGGGGCAGGGGGCGAAGAGAGGCCGCUCCCUCCCACUGCAGCGAGGCUCCCGUGCCCAAGUCCUGCUCCGCGUUGCCUGUCCCGCCGGCUGCGUGCUCAGCCGUGACACCGAGCAAGCAAUAAAACAUCCGAGACAUCAAAGCUCA